AUGCCAGGCGUAGCACCAGAGAUCAAGCUGGUGGCCUCCAACACGCAUGGUCACGGGCUUGAUACCUUUAGCAGAGCACUCUCAACACGCUUAGCUGCCUCGGCACCCCCCGCCUCAAGUGAAGACGAGCCAGCUGAGGCUGUCCAUGCGGAUGCUUUCCCGAGGGCCCCUUCAAUCUACAAGGGUGCGCAGUGCUUCGUCAUCCCCUCAGACUUGCUCGAGCCCCGGGAACACCCUCUCAGCCUUCGCCCUCAGAAGACUCUUGAUCUCCCAGAGACGACAAAUGUCUUCGCGCCGGCCCCUUAUUUCGCCCUAGAAAGCCCCGACACUCACCACGUGCUCGUCGCCUGCCGUGAUCACCCAAUUCAGAUAUUCCGGACUCUUCCAGCUACACUAAACCCAGGUGACGAGCCCCAAGAAUCGCACCACCAACCGCAUGAGAACAGCUCCCUCUUCUCGUACCGCCUGAUAUCGCCCCAGACAGAAGCCUACCUCCCGGUGCACUCACUGGUCUGGCCGUCCCCCUAUGCUGCACCCAGCUCAUCAUUCUUCGUCGGAAGUAACAACCUCAUCGCACAGUUCAAUCUCCAUCGGAUAGGUCAGGGCCCCCAGCAGGUGGUCCACACCAUCCCAUCCAAGCGGCACAUAUCUAAAGGCAAUGGCGUCGGCAUGCGUGGGACGGUUUCUGCACUGUCCAUGCAGAACGACGAGAACUACGUGCCCACUGGACUGCUCGCAGCCGGCACCUGGACACGAUGGGUAGGACUGUACGACUUUGCCCGAGGGGGCGAGCGCGUCGCAACGUGGAGCGUCGCCGAUGCGGCUGCAUCCGCGGCUGUCCCAGAUCCCUCGCCAGACUCGCCGCAGCAGCCUUGCGUUCCAAUCCAGCGCCUGACAUCCGGAGGCAAGAGGCGGCCAAUCGCAGGCAUAGGCGGUGCCGGCAUCAAUCAGACGGCAUGGUCACCUGACGGGCGGUACCUCCUCGUGAAUGAGCGGCAGUCGACCGGUGUCCUGAUUUACGAUGUGCGCGUGACGAGCAAGGUCCUCGGCGUCCUGGCCGAUCGCGACGCCCUGACCCAUCAACGGCUGGAUCUUACCGUGUACCCAGACUCGGAGGGCGUGGGCGGCUUUGAGGUCUGGGCCGGCACGAGAGACGGAACGGUCAAGGUGUGGCAGGGCGUCGGCAACGAUGAAGGCUGCAUCUGGCCGUCCUGGGACUUCUCGACCAGGGGUAGAUCCGAUGCCGAAGAAAAGCCUGUACGGUCUCCGGUAGGCAGUGUUUCUCUUCACAAGUAUGGGUCCGUCAUUGCAACCUGUACCGGGGGCUGGAGGGUUACUGGCGAGGAUGAUGACGGCGACGAAGUCUCCUCCUCUGCCCACUCCUCGUCCUCAUCGUCAAGCAGCGGUUCUGCUUCCGAUGACGAAUCGGGUAGCUCGUCUUCAUCUAGUUCUCCGUCCGAGCUAAAUCGGCAUGCUGGGGGACUUUCUGGUAACCGGACAUUUGACAAGUCGGAUCUGAAGAUCUGGAGCAUUCGCGUCAAACCGCCUGAUGGGGCCAGCCCUGAGGCAAUGGCCACCUCGGACACGGAGACCACUCAAGCAGAUGUCCACCUGGACAUGUCUCACCGUGAUGUCCCACAGAUGGACCCCUCUUCUGUGGAUACUAUCCCAACGACAGUUAAGAAUUCUGAAAAUAGAGCAACUCACACAGGUGAUUAG